GGGAAGGCUGAGCCUUCACCCACCCAUCAAACAGAUACGAGAAAGUGAGUGAACUCAAUUCACUCAGCGUUAAUGCUUUAUUUCUUUUAUGCCCAGUUGCUGACACAAAAGUAUUUGAUUGCUACUCAUUGCCUUUUGAUUACUUAAACCACAGCGCAAAAGCGGCCAUUAGCCAGGGCCAAGGCUCCCCCGUUGAUCAAUCAACUCUUUAUAAUAAGCCCAUAAGAAACAAUUUCAUGGAACAGCAGACCCAUCACACAUCCACAUCCUAUCACAAUUGGACAGCUUCGCCCAAUUUUCUGAUUAAUUUGAUCACCCUUUUCUUCUUUGGGUUCACCCGAGGCUAGAACAGAGAAGGCGGCGCUGCUUCUGCUACUGGAUUUUGGGAUAAUCCCUUCUGUUCUACGUACGCUCUUUGGUUAUCUUUUGGGGGUUUAGCCUCAGAUUGAAGCAAAGAAAAAACUACUUUCCCGCCUUUUUUUCUUGUCUGAUUCCUGGGAAUCAAUAUCUUUUUCUCAACUGGGUUUGGUUUCUUCCCCAUGGUCUUUUCAGUUUCUCUUCAGUUUUGGAGUGGUUUUGCAGCACAAAAUCCCAGCUGGGGCUUCAUUUAUUGAUGACUUUGCUGCCAUUCUCUUCAAUUUGAGUAAAUUUUAUCUGGUUUUGGCACUGGACGUGAUUGGCGGAGUCUUGAGGUUUACAUGCCAGGAGAAAGAUCAGUUUCUUUUCCGAUUUUCUCUCCAAAGAUUCUUAAAGGCUGGAAUGGUUGAAUCAAUUCCAUGGAUAUAAAUCGUCAAGUCAUAUUGAACUGAGGAUUUCAGUCCUGAGGAAGGUAAGGGCAUGGAAACUCUGCGUCCAUCAUCUUUGUACUUCUCUAAUUUGAAUCUGUCCAUGGAAGAGAGAAUGAUCACACAAUGGACUAGAGAAGAGAACAAGAAGUUUGAGAAAGCUCUGGCCAUAUACGACGAGAAAACGCCGGAUCGAUGGCUGAAAGUGGCGGCCAUGAUCCCUGGCAAGUCAGUUCUUGAUGUGAUGAGGCAGUACGAGGAAUUGGAAGCAGAUGUUAGUGACAUAGAAGCUGGCCUAGUUCCAAUUCCUGGCUACUUGAACUCCCCUUUCACUCUGAAUAUGGUGGAUAAUCGCGGGUUUGAUGUGUUCAGAAAGAGGCCUUUGACAAGUAGAUCUUCUGAUCAGGAGAGGAAGAAAGGUGUGCCAUGGACAGAAGAUGAGCACAGGCGGUUUUUGAUGGGCCUUGAGAAGUAUGGUAAAGGCGACUGGAGAAACAUCUCCAGGAACUUUGUGAUCUCUAAAACUCCCACUCAAGUGGCAAGCCACGCUCAGAAGUACUUCAUCAGGCAAAAUUUGGGUGGAAAAGAUAAGAGGCGGCCCAGCAUCCAUGAUAUCACGACUGUCCAUCUCUCAGAUGCUGCUCCAGCCCGCUGCAAUGGCGAACCUCCUUCAUUAGACGAGUCUAGUCUUCUUGCAGCCCCACAUAAGAGCCCUGGCACCCCCAAAAUACUGAUCAACUGGAAGAAAUCGAACGAUGGAGCAGUUAUCGUGUUGGACUCAAGCCAUCACAGUCCAUUACCGCAGUAUCGGUAUGAGAUUGCUUCACAAGGGCUUAAGCUGCAGAGGGGUGCUCAUGUUGGGACUCUCAACUCAUUGCUUCAAAUGCAGCCUGCAAUAUAUCAAAUUCACGGAUGAGGCAAUGUACUGUGAAGUCAUCAAUGCAUUCAAUUCUGUUUCUGGUUGAGCAGAGCCUCAAUCACAGUGCUUGAGUCAUAGUAUUAUGUAAUUAGAAUGAUAUAAUGAAUCGGGAAGUGCUAGUAGAAGACAAUAGGGAGAUGGGAUCGUGUCAUCCUUCAACUUUCUGUCUUUAGAUUUUUUUCAACUUUGAAAUGAAAGUAACUCUUAAGAGUUUUGACUCU